CUGGCAUCUACUAUUUUGAACUAGAACCACGUUCUUCAUACUCAAGAUAAUAAAAAUCAUAUUUAUUUCUGCUAGUACAAGUAGAAUGGUGACGCUCACCUGGCCAGGCAGGAGGAAAAGAGAAAAGGCAACAGAUAAGAGAUUAGAUUAGACGACUCAAUAAAAAGAUUCGGUAACGGCAGGUGCGAUAAACAUGGUCAGUGCCUGGGACGUGGUGAAGCCCGUCUUCAUAUCAACCCUGGCCAGCGGGCUGGUCAACUCCGCCGUGCCCAACCUCAUCGCCCAGAAGGUAUGCAGUCCUCGAGGAGUGCCUUCGGACAUCAAUGGCUUCAUCUGUCAUGACGAAGAGCUGGUCGCACUGGCCACUGAGAUCGCUACGACGAGGAACAUAGUGAGAUCAGUCUGCUCGGGGAUAUCAGUGGGAUUGUUCGGAGCCUGGAGGGACGCCAGAGGCCGAAGCAAUCCUCUGCUGUACAGUGGCGUGGUCGCUGAAGUUGUAGCUGCGGCAGCCUAUAUCUUCGCCUCCUUGAGCUGGUCUUCGUCGGCCUGGAUCUCGACCAUGAUCGAGGCAGCUGUCGGGGGUAUCUUCGGCCAGGAGAUCCUGAAGUUGGGCGCCAACUGCUUAGUCAUCAGCAACACCGCUCCGAAGGAAAGGAUAGUCAAAUUGCAGCUCUACUUCGUAUCCAUCGCCCUCGGGAUCAUCGUAGCAGACAGCAUCAGUGGCGUACUCCUCACUUCGAUCGGCUUCGAAUGGUACUUCUUCGUUCCAGUCGCGCUGCAAGCAGUAGCAGUCAUCCUUCUCUUCUACUUCGUCAAAGAGCCGAGGUGUGCAGAUAGUGGGCGAGGGCUGGCUGAGACUUUCGAACGCCUUCGUGAUCUGUUCACUCCAAGGACUAACAUCGGUGUCAUAUGGCUGAUGCUGAUCUGCAAUGCUCUAGUUAGCUCUUAUAUAUCAGCUGAAGGCAGCGUAUUAGUCUACUUCACGCAACAAGCGUUCGGCUUCACCGUCAAUCAGUCGACCAUCUACAUAACCUAUCACACUGUCAUCUGCGGCGUAGGAGCUAUAGCGAUACCGAUAUUACUCAGAAGACUCUUCAACUGGCGCGGCUUCAAGAUCGGCAUAUCAAGUUCUCUGAUGACUGCAGUGUCUUCUUUAGCUUUAGCGUUUGUUAAGACAAUUGUGGAACUGUAUUUGGUCUCAUUGUUGGAUAUGCUGAAAUAUGUCACAUUGGCCAUACCUCAAUUCAUCCUCGGCACCUGCGUGAGGAACGAGGAAUUAGGUCUGUUCCUAGGAUUCGGGUCAAUAGUGAGUAUUGGACUACCUUUCGCAGCCAAUUAUCUUUACAAAUAUACCUUCUCCUAUUAUCAACAGACAUGGCCUGGAGCUAUCUAUUUCAUCAGUGCCGGAGCUAACUUGAUCGCAAUGCUUUUCUUGUGUAUUGGAUAUUUUAUGUACACUCCUGAAAAUGUAGUUGAUGAGGAAAGCCCAACAAAUGAAGAUGAUGAUGUUACAGAAUCAACUUAUCCCAGGAACGGUGUCAGUUAAAUGAAUGAUAAACAUUUAAAUUGCUUCAUAUACUCUCCAAGUGUGAGAAUAAAAUACGAACAUAUGUUUUUUAUUCUUCAGUAUUUAUUAUUAUAUGAAACUUACAUAAAAUUAUUUGUAAUCUUUCAAGUGAUAAGCUUGUAUUUUAAAUAAUUAUAUAAUUCUAAAAAUAUGGGUUAAUUUAAUGAUCUGAUCUAACAAAAAUAAUAAUGCUAAGUACAGUUAUACAUUUCGCUAUAAAUCGGUAAUUUUAGUGUUUUGAUAUCCUAAAGCACAUCAGCUAUCAGGCCAAACCAUUUAAAAUGAUGGGUUGACCUACCAGUUAAAUGUGUUGGUGGAAACAAUCCAGGUAUUUCUAUAUGGAACCUAUCCCAUUUUCAAUGUUAUUUUCUAACAAAACUAUUUUUGUUGUGUCUCUUUCAUUCUGGAUAUGCAGUAUGUAUAUGUUUUUAUGUUGUCAAAUUAUUCUUUACCAUUAUAAAACAUGUAACAAAGCAAGAGUUUUCAAGAAUUAUCAAACUAAUUUAUAAAUAUUUGUUGUUGGCUUCUUAUCUAAUAACUUGAUGUAUAGUUAUAUGUUUCUAGUUUUAUAUUUAUAGCUGUAUCAUAUGAAUGUAAAAUAAUUAAAUUAUUACUACUACACAUCCAGCAGAUUUUAUUAUUUAGAUAAUCCUUACCUCUAUCAGGU